AUGGUGUUUGAGAAAAACAAAUCGACCAAAAACAAAACAAAGACAAACAAUAGAUUGAAGUUAUACCUGGAUCUGGGAUUUGAUCCUCCCACAUCGAAUUUAAAUGAAGUUAUGGGCAAAAUCUCUAGGUCCCAAUCAUCUCCAAUUGUAGGAAAUCUCUUCAAAACCUUCCUCAACGGCCCAUCAUCAAAAUCCCCAUUCAGACACCUAAAAAUCUCGUCUUUAACACAAACAACCCUCAUCCCAGCAAAGAACCCAUCCAAAAAGCUCAAUCCUUUACUAAUCUUCUCUAAGAAGACUUUCAAUGUAUCACCAGCUGAGACCCCAACAAGAAGUGGGCAUCUAUUUUUCUCCGUCCUCAUAACCUCGCAAAUCCUCCUCAAAUUCUCCUCGUCCCCGGGAAAACAGCCCAAGAAGGGAAAAUUGCAGAGAAAUAAAGGUGGGUUCGGCCGCUUGUACCUCGAGGGUGUAGUUCUCCGGCUGCCGCCUCUGGUUCGCCUGGGACCUCUUGAUGGCGGCCAUCAGAGAGUUGGAGACCGGCGGCCCGCCCUCGGCCCGGUUCUGCGAGUUGGACGGCAGCCGGUCGAGGGAUACCGUCAGCGAGAGCUCGAGGGCCUUGAACUGAACCCUAGCGGGACAGGCGGAAGCGCCGCCGCGCCGGGCCCUGGCGCAGGCCUCGCGCAGGGAGGAGCCCGGGAGGGAGAGGAGGGCGGAGAUCAUGUGGAGAGACGUUGUCUGGCCAUGGCCGCGGCGGAGAGCCACCGCCACCGCCUCGUCGAGAGCCGCCGUCGCCUCCGGCGUCAGGCAUUGCCUGGCUGCGGCGACAGGCGUCGGCAUGAGACGUGCGCGUUAUCAUUUGGGGUAGAGAGGCUUUUUGAGUGUGAUUGUGAUUUUGGGGGUUGUUCUCGUCCCAAAUCAGGGGCCCAUGAUUUCGGGCUUUCGUACAACGGGCUCAACUUUUCAGGCCGGAAGGCCCACCCGGCCCGAACUAAACGCGCUACUGAUCUCUUCAGCGAUUUGAUCAUGGAUUGUGGAGUUGACGUUGUACAGUGA